UGUGUUUUCGAUGCGCGUACGCAGCGUUAGGAGCUAGCUUCUACCACCGCACCGAUGUAGCUUAUGUUAAUUAAAUUCAACAGUGAAUUUUAAGAAGUGUUUAAAUUUUUAAGUGAAAAAUGGUGAAUAAAAUGUAUAAAAUUAGUUCUGAGCAACCACGCGGCAGCAAACAUAACCAGGUGUUAAUGUCUAUAGUGGUGUGCAUGCCGAUCCUCGCUUACGGGACCGCGAUGGGGUGGAUUUCCCCGAACAAGGCUCUCCUGAUGGGGCCCUCCUCGCCCUCCGACACUCCUCUCACGGAGGAAGACGUGUCGUGGAUGGCAUCCAUCAUGUUCAUCUUCGCGCCAGUAGCGGUGUUCAUUUUUGGAGUAGCAGCUGAUAAGUUUGGACGGAAGAAAGCGCUGCUCUGCGCAUCUUUUCCCAUUUCGUUGGGGUGGGCAGUGAAGUUGAUGAGCGCACAUCCCAUCGCGCUGAUCGGGGCGCGCGCGCUGAUCGGGUUUGGCGCGGGCGGUGGCUUCGUGGUCUGCCCGCUCUACGUCAAGGAGAUCAGCGAGGACAGCAUCCGCGGCAUGACCGGCACCUUCGUCAUAUUCUCGCAAACAAUGGGAAAUCUUCUGGUGUUUAUACUGGGUGACUUGCUGCAGUUUAACACAGCGCUGUGGAUUUUACUGGCCAUCCCGCUUAUCCACUUCUGCAUCUUACUGCGGCUGCCCGAAACACCUUCCUAUCUCAUCAAAUGUGGACGGUCUGAGGAGUCGGCUAAGGUUCUCGGGUGGCUGCGAUCCGUUCCUGCCACUGACGAGUCAAUCAGCCAAGAGAUGGAACGGCUGAUUAUAGAACAGAAAACCUGCGACCCUAAAUUCGCCCCAAAACUACUAUUCAGCGAUAAAACGGCUCUGAAGGCGUUUUGGGUGGCGCUGAUAGUGAACCUAACUCGGGAAUUCUGCGGGUGCAUUGCCGUGUUGGUGUACGCCAGCCACAUCUUCGCCGAAGCGGGGAAGGACCCCGACACCAGCAUCGCCCUGUCACCGAACAAGCAAUCGAUCCUGCUAGCCGCUGUCCAAAUAUUUGGGUCGUUUUUGGCGUGCCAACUGGUGGACCGCGCUGGAAGAAAGCCGCUCCUGGCCGUCACAAGCGCGGUAGCUGGGUUCAGCAUGUGCCUGCUGGGAGUGUGGUUCUACCUGCAGAGCGUCGGAGUGGCGUUACCGGGCUGGGUGCCGAUAGUAGCGCUGUGUGCGUGCAUCUUCGCCGACGCGUCAGGCCUGCAGCCGCUCCCGUUUGUCAUUAUGACGGAGAUGUUUAGUUUCCAGUUGCGUGGCACCGUAGCAACACUGAUAAUGGCGAUAUCGCUAGGGACUGACUUUGCGCUUCUCAAGUUGUUCGCCCCACUCAACUCGUGGAUCGGGUACCACUCCACAUUCUGGAUUUUUAGCGCCAUUUGCCUAUCCAACGUAUUCUACCUCAUAUUCUGUGUGCCAGAAACUAAGAUGAGAAAUCUAGAAGAUAUUUAUGCGGAUUUAGAAGGCAAGAAGAGAAGAAGAAAAGAUGAGGCAGUGGUAGAAACGAACCAUGUGUGAAAUUCCUAUUUGCCAUAGCGUAACUUGUGAUAAUAAUCUUAAGAACUUGACGAGGUACUUAUUAGGUACACCUUCAGGUUGUUAUACAGACCUACGCGAGUAGGUAGUAAAAUAUAUUAUUUAUUAUGAAUUGUUGUCGUAGACAAUAUCCCCGCCAAGUGAGCAAAUAUAUUUUAAGUUGCAAAAGCAAGAUAUUGAUAGAUAUGUCGCAGCCAACUGGUUUAAAUAGUCGUUUAAUCAAACAGCCAGCCCUUUGAACAACGCCAUUCAACCACACGUCUGGCUUUUUAACCAGUUGGCUGCGACAGAUAUAAUAUUUUAUGUAGUAACCUAUACUAUAUGAAAUAAUUGUAACUUGAUUAGAUAUAUAUUCACAGAAAAAUU